CUCCGGCUUAAGAGGUUUUAUGCUAAAGAGUAACUUGAAAGGAUACUGAAAUCAUAUGAUAAAGUUUGUUGCCUGGGAGAAAAAUCGUGGAGAGUUUUAUUUGAUAAAGAAUAACAAGAAGGAAAAUGAAUAACUCAAGUGUAGUGGUGCCAAGUUCUUCUGGCGGUGAACCGACAGAAAGUCUCCCUUUGAACGUGUCGAUUCAAAUCAUCCAGGCAGUCUUGUCAACCUUGGUUAUGAUUUGUUCGUUAUUUGGCAACGUGUUGGUGAUCUGUGUUGUCAUGCAAAGCCUCCGCAUGCGCACUGUGACCAACUUCCUAAUUGUGAACAUGGCGUGCGCGGACAUUCUUUACACACUGGUUUCUUUUCCUCCACUUUUUGUCAUGAUUUUUGACGAAUACGAUUGGGCAAUGAGUCGCCGUGGGCUUGGCAUAUUCUUCUGUCAGGUGGUAAAUUUUGGUCAAUACAUGUUGGUUCCUGUUUCAGUCCUCACUCUAGCUGCUAUCGCUUUCGAUCGAUUCUUCGCCAUUUUGAUGCCACUGAGGCGUAUCAUCAACAAACGUGUCUUCCGCUGCAUCGUAAUUGUCAUCUGGGUGACUUCCGCCGCCGUAGCUGCGCCAUUGCUGUACGCAUUACAAGUUACUAUAGACAGCAAUGGCGGCUUGACCUGCGACGAAAAAUGGGCCCCACUCUUUGACGAGAACACGGCGCACAGGGAUUACGCAUUGGUUUUAUUCUUUAUAAUGUUUUGUCUCCCAAUCUCCGUAAUGAUUGCCUUGUACUCAGUGAUUUGUCGUCAUUUGUGGUCCAUAAAGCCACCUGGAGAGAUGGAGCAAGAGGAAUCCAAGAACUUGAUUAAACGACGUAAUUCACGACGAAGUGUCGUGAAAAUGCUUAUUACCGUUGUUGCAGUUUUCAUCAUAUCCUGGUUACCACUGCAGAUUGCCAAUUUAAUAUUUUACUUUCAGGAAGUUGAUAUUUCAGAGUCACUUCACUUCGCCUGUGAGAUUUUCAUGCGCGCCAGCUGCGCUUUCAAUCCAUUGGUUUACGCAGUUUUCAGUGAGAAUUACCGUCAGGGAUUUAAGAAGGUGUUUGCCCGAUGCUGUUGUUCAAAGAUUAAAGCUUUUGUUCCGCAAAGAGCUUUUAGUACUUCGUCUUCGCGCCAACAAACGGCACCUUCCUUAUUGAGGAGUGAUUACGCCUUAUCGAGGCGAGAAGGCGGCAAGAAAAGUUGUCGGGAAGUGAAAGAAGAGGAUCAAGAGGAACAUCAAAUUUGAAUUAAAUGAGUGUAAAAAUUUCUUCAUUGAUUUUGUAUCGUUACUGAAAAAGGUUUGAAACCACCUUAACUGAAAGUAAACGUUGACACCGUUGCCAGUUUGCCAGACACUGUUGACAAACUGAAGAGGAAAAACUUUCUAUUUAGCUGACUUAAUAAACUAAGUGCGGCGGUUUAAUCUUCGAGUAAAUUUGCAACUAUUGCAUGUCCCUGCGGACGCAUACCGUAUUAUUCCCAUUGUUAUUGUAAUUAAUAUUACUGUUACAUUAUUAUUAUAAUGAUCACUAUUAUCAUUAUCUUUACAUUAUCAUUGUUAUGC